AUUGCAUCCAUCCUGGAGUUCUUAAUGAGGAGUUAAUGAUUGUCUUACGAUAUCGGCAACUAGUGGAUUAUGCCAACAUUGAGAUAGGCUUGUUGGCGUAUAAGCUGAGGGGUUCGCCAGUGUAGAUAUAUCCACCAAAACAAGAAAGAGAACGGCUACUGCUUUUAAGAACGGACAGGAGCUGAUCUUCCUUUUCCUUCUAUUUCCCUGAAAAUACCCAGUAACUAGGAGAUGUCCAGUUCUGCAACAUCUUCAGCUCUUCUGUCCCUCUGCUGUUCGUGAAACAGGAUCCAACUGUGCAAUAUGGCGGCCAAAACCAAGUGCAACGGGCAUAACAACCUGAAUGAUAGCAAAAGCCCUAGCUUAACUCUCCUUAUGCAGCGAGAGGAUGCCACGGCUUUGCUUUAUGUGGAUCCUCAUAAUCCCAUCCGCCAUCUUCAGCGCGGGAUCAUACAUUCGAAGCUUGGGUAUCCCGACCUCGCAGCGGCGGAUGCAUAUCGCGCGCUGGCGCUGUUUGAGGCGGUGAUUGAUCCGGACUCUAGCGAGUAUAGGGCUCGUAAAAAGGUGGGGCUGGAUGCCAUGGAGUUAAUGGGUUCUUCUGGGCUUGUGGAUGGUGUUGCCGCCAUAAGUAUUCGCGGUGGAAGUGAUCAUGGCGGGCCCGAGAAUUACGACGAUGAUGCAGAUGAUGACGGGCAUAUGGAAGAAGACGAAGAUGGAGAUGAAGAAGAGGGCUUCGAAUCCAUUUCUCAAGACGAAUAUAGGGAAAAUAUACGACAUGUGUACAUAUUGCUCGUCCAAAGUCUCGUUCAGUGCGGCUGCAUGAGAGACGCAUAUAACUUCUGCGUUCAGGCCAUGGACCUCCCGGACUCGGAGCUUAAAUCAAGCCUCAGUGUGUUCGAAGAACAACUCUCUAUCAUAAAGCGCUCGUUUGUAGAUCGCCAGCGAUCGCGGCAGCAGAAGGAAGGGCGUGGAGGUUCCGCUGACAAUCAAGACCAAGGAACGGACGAGGGGCUGCUGGCCAGACUCCAACCUGCUGACCUUGAUGCACAAGGAUACGCAAGGAGAGUUCUCUAUCCAUGGAAUACACACGAGCCAGAUCGCAGCGCGCCUGAAACUCUGCAACUUCUUAAUGAAAGACUCAAGAAAAUAGCGCCCAAGUGCGAAGUGCGCGCUGUCGCGCUCCCUGCAUUGUACCACAACACAGUUGGUGGGGAUCCAUCGAGUAAACAGGAAGAACAGGAAGAAGAGACCUCCAUCCAACUUGGCCUCGUAGCUACCGAAGACAUCGCCCCCGGCGAGACAUUCCUGCACGAAUCCUCCCUCCUAACUGCCACGAAUCGUCUACAUGAUAGCCUAUGUGAUGCCUGCAACGGACCGAUCCCCUAUCUCUCUGCGGCUAAUUCCUCUGUCGCCUGCGGAGAUUGCGAAGAUACCAUCUUCUGCAGCCAGGAAUGUCACGAUCUCGCUCAGGAAGUCUACCACGCGGCCGAGUGCGGACAGGAGGGUCUUGAGUCCAUUGGAAAGGACAUACAGGAUCCCAAAGAUAAAGCUGAUUACCUCUACCUGCUAUUGUUAGGCCGCGCCAUUGCCAUGGCUGCUACGCAGGGCAUACAUCCAUUAGACCUACCAGAGGUGAAGUAUAUCUGGGGCGAUUUCCACCCGCUGGACGACGGCAUGCUUCCUCCAACGGCAGUCUCAGCGUCAAGUAACAAUAACAACACCGCCAACCUCCAACCCCCUUCCGCAACCCUUCCCUUCUCCUUCCAUCUAUCAAUCCUCCAACCCACCCGCAUCCUCGAGGAAAUGGGUCUGGAUCCCUUCGCCACCUUGCCCACGUACGACACCUGGGUGCUAAACACUCUCUACGCCAAAUUCCGCGGCACGGCGUCUGGCCGCUUAUCGACAUGGGAUGGCGGGCCGGAGGUCUCUGCUGUACACCCACUCUGGUGUUUGGCGAACCAUUCGUGUGAUCCUAACGUCCGUUGGGAGUGGGGUGGGGAGAUUACGUUCACGGUUAGGCGGGAGGAUGAGAGGUUUAAGUGGGGUGGGAGGAAGGGCGGGGAUGCGGGGGAUGAGAAGUGGACGGGGAUUAAGCGUGGGGAGGAGAUUUUGAAUCAUUACUGUGAUGUGGGCUUGGGGGUAAAGGAGAGAAGGGAGUGGGCCAUGGGAGCGUUGGGGGGUGCCUGUCGAUGUGAAAGGUGUCUGUGGGAGGAGAAACAGAUAGACCCGGACGAAAGGUGAGGGAGGGUCUAUUAGAGGAUUGAAAAAAAUAUUAUUUUCCUCGGAUACCUCGUCUUUAUAUUUUCCCCCCCUCCCCGCCCCUUUCCUAGCUUUGCUGCGGCUGUUCCUCAUCCUGAGCUUAGAAUGGAUCUUACAUUUAAUCCGCUACCUUGCAUACUAGGAUUAUAUCUUGUCCAAUGAGUUAACUAUCGAUUACACAAAAAAUUAAAAUUCAGUGAGAGAAACUGAUAUUGAUAGCUAAAUAACCCCCGCCCAUCUUUCUCAUUAUAUUUUCAUAAUAAUCAUCAGCAGCAUUAUGGAAUCUAAUAUACACAUAUAUUCGUUUUCUUCAUCCACUCAAACAAAACAAAGAAAAUACUUCU